AUGCUUGCUGAGUUGCUAAAGCAAACUUCUAUUAUCAUAUGGGAUGAGGCGCCAAUGAGUGACAGACGUUGUUUUGAAUGUCUAGAUCGUUCUUUAAAAGAUAUACUUGACUGUGAAGCAAAAACUUUUGGUGGUAUGUCUAUGUUGUUAGGAGGAGACUUCCGACAGACAUUGCCAGUGUCCCCCAAAUCUACACCGUCUGAGAUAGUUUCUCUGACUCUACCCAAUUCCUAUCUAUGGCCCUAUUUCAAAUUAUGUAAACUAAGUGCCAACAUGAGACUUAAGGAUUCAUCUAUGUCAUCGAAAAUAGAGUUAAAUGCAUCAGAUUUUGCGACAUGGCUGGUUCAGGUUGGAGAUGGUAGGAUUGGUAAUAUGGAUACUGUUGAUAGGAUAAAUACUAAGUGGAUUGAAAUCCCUAGGUCACUCCUUAUACCUCCAUCGGAAAACGGGUUAGAUUCCCUUAUAAAUUUUGUUUAUGGAGAUAUCUUUCAAACCAAUGUCUCAACAAGCAUGUUAUCUGGCAGGGCAAUAGUUUGUCCCAAAAACGAAACAAUACAACACAUAAAUGAUAUUGUUAUGCGUAAAAUUCCUGGGGUUUCAAAGAUUUACGAGAGUGCUGACAGCAUUGAAUUUAACGGGAAGCAGACUACAGAGUUUAAUACAUUUUAUCCGUUGGAAUAUCUUAAUGGACUUACAUUUCCAAGCAUACCUGCACAUUCACUUUUAUUAAAAAUUAACACACCUAUAAUGCUAAUUCGAAAUAUAAAUCAGAAAGAAGGUUUGUGUAAUGGUACACGAUUAAUGGUCUCACAGUUGUUAUCAAAUGUGAUUGAGGCAUCAAUUAUUACUGGAACCAGCAUUGGGAAGAAGGUUUUUCUGCCUCGUAUUAGAUUUAUUCAUAAAGCUCCUGAUAUACCUUUUACAUUCAUAAGAAAGCAAUUUCCUGUUAAAAUUUGUUAUGGUAUGACUAUUAACAAAAGUCAAGUUUUAACCAUGUCCCAAACAGUAACAACAGUUUCCAAUCUACAUUAUGGAUGUCCAGGAACAACAAUACAGCUUCGAAUAUUGCGAAUGUGGACUCCACAAGUAAGGACUCAGGAAACAUGGUUCUUAGCUGUUGAUAGAAAUGGUGAUGCUGUUCAAAUUUUGGGUCAGCGAAAAGACCAAGGAUAUUUACAAUCUGUCCUAAUUCCCAGUAAAUGCUAUACGAUUGAAAAAUAUGCAUGCGGAAUUCCAGACCGAUAUCAGAAAUGGCUGGAUAAUGAGGUCUACAUAGCUGCUGGAAUGGCAUCAUCAAUUACAUCUAUCCAAGACACACAUACAAUUCCUGCAUGCUGGUUUACUUUCAUAACUAAAAAACAAAUCGCAGAUUACGUGGAUCGACAUGCAGAUUUUAUUGGUGUCUUCAGCAAACUUAUUAGGUGUACGAAGAAAAACAAAGAACCAUAUCUAUUACUAAUAUUAAAGAAUGAAUUAGGCGAGGAUAUUGCAAUAAGCUUAUGGAAAGAAUGCACGAACAUACCUUCAAAGUUUGAUGUUGUUGGUUUGGAAAAUACUGUUGCUCCCGUUGUUGUUGCGAUAACUAGUAUAAAGAUUUCAACCUAUGAUGGUUCCCUAAGACUUGGAACAAGCAGUGCAAGUCACCUAUACAUCAAUCCACCAAUUCCAGAAACACCGCUUCUAACGGACAGUUUCCGUACGUUUAGUGACUCCUCUAUAUUUUUCGACAUCCCAACACCAUUAGGAGACAUAUUACAAAGAGGUCAUCCUGAACUCCUGAACAAAAGUUUCACUACAAAAGCUGUCAUAACUGCGUAUGUAUUUUCUGAUUGUUGGUACCAAGUUCAAUGUCCAAAUUGCAAGAUGUCAGCUUUUAAACAGGGGAAAAGUUGGUUCUGUCCUUCAGAUGGUAUAAUCAAUGCACCAACUAUAAUGUUCAAGCUUAGUGCAACACUUACAGACGAAAAUAAUUCUAUAGUUGCUCUGCUCUCCGAUAACGCAGCACAAGACUUAUUCGGUUCUACAGCUGAUAAACUUAUACCAGACGAUGACAUAAACUGUAGAGGACAACUACCUGCAAUUGCCACUACUGUACAAGGAAUAGCCAAAAAAAUGAAACUUCGUAUCACAAACACAUCGACAGAUACAAACAUUCGCUUUAUGAUUACAGAUAUCGAAAAAAGUAACCCACAGGAAACAACAUACCCAACAACACCAGCACCACAUCAUCAAUCUCCAUCAAAAGACAGCGAGAAAGACUGUUCUUCAGUUCCUCAACACAGUAGAGCAAACGUCAGAAGGUCAUUACCAUUUGAAAGCCAAGACACAUCAAAUACAAAGCGUAAAAGUGCACGCAAGAUAGAAUGAUCCAUCUCCCCUCCGACGUUGAUAAUGAUGACAUUAUCAGUUUUGCAUAAUAUGUAUAAACUAAAGUCCAG